UAACGGAGACUCACGAACAUAUGAUUAACCAUUCGUUAACUGUCACCAUGAUUCAGUUUCCGGCGUAUAUUUUCUUGAUUACUCAAGUAUUCAUUUUGAUCAAAGCUGAUCCACUUGAGGGUAAACAUGUUUUUCCAGUAGAACCUCCACAAUUCCCUUUCAUUGUGUCACUUAGACAAAAGAGUUUUCAAGAUAUAUUAACCAGUCAACACUUCUGUACCGGUUCACUUAUUACACAGAAACACGUUAUAACAGCUGCACACUGUUUUCAAGAAAGAAUAGAAUUUGAAGUCGAAGCGAUCGUUUCCCAGCAAAAUUGGACAAGGCCCUCCUUGAGUUACGAAAUCGAUUCAUGGUUAACAUAUAACUCAUGGGCUCCAGCAAAUGGAAAAACUAUCGAGUUUCCAAUAAAUGAUGUGGCAAUUGUUAAGUUAUCAUUACCGAUAUGUCACGAUGGUAUAACACCUGCCCACCUCACGAAUUUAAAUAACAAACAACUCUACGGAACAAAGGCAAUGAUAGUUGGCUGGGUAGGCAUAUAUGAUAAUUCAUCUACAAUGCACUUACUGCAAGGAAAAGUAACAAUAUUAAGACCCUCCAAGUCCGAGCAUCUGAUAAAAUUGGUGGCUAAUAGGAAAAUUAAAGUAAACGAAAAUUAUCUAGCUACGUUCGCCAAACCAUAUAUACUCGCAAGUUGUGGUGAUAGCGGUGGACCGCUUUUGGACAACAACAAUUUUCUUGUAGGUAUCACACGAAGUACAUGUCCCAAAAUAUAUUGGGGUGACUUCCCUGAGGAGUUUUUAAAUCAUUAUAAAAUUAAUCUUCAUUCAAGUGUCGAUUACUAUAGAGAAUUCAUUGAAAAUGUGACUACAUUAGCUGAAGUACAAUAAGAUACCAUUUUCCUUAUCGAUGCCGUAGAUAUGUACUUUAAAAAAUAGAUUGUAAACAAUUGGAAUUGUAAUAAAAAGGUAUCUACUUGAAGACGCAUUAGAUAGAAACAUUUUCAA